AUGGGGGAGCGCCAUGAGGCUGUGAACGCAAAAGCACCUUCAUUACACAACUUUGAAGGCGACGGAAAAUUGGACACGGCCAAACGUCAUAAGAAUAUGAUCCAACAGAAGAAGCUUAAGAAUAUGAUCCAACAGAAGAAGCUUAAGAAUAUGAUCCAACUAAAGAAGCUUAAGAAUAUGAUCCAACAGAAGAAGCUUAAGAAUAUGAUCCAACAGAAGAAGCUUAAGAAUAUGAUCCAACAGAAGAAGCUUAAGAAUAUGAUCCAACAGAAGAAGCUUAAGAAUAUGAUCCAACAGAAGAAGCUUAAGAAUAUGAUCCAACAGAGGAAGCUUAAGAAUAUGAUCCAACAGAGGAAGCUUAAGAAUAUGAUCCAACAGAAGAAGCUUAAGAAUAUGAUCCAACAGAGGAAGCUUAAGAAUAUGAUCCAACAGAAGAAGCUUAAGAAUAUGAUCCAACAGAAGAAGCUUAAGAAUAUGAUCCAACAGAAGAAGCUUAAGAAUAUGAUCCAACAGAAGAAGCUUAAGAAUAUGAUCCAACAGAGGAAGCUUAAGAAUAUGAUCCAACAGAAGAAGCUUAAGAAUAUGAUCCAACAGAAGAAGCUUAAGAAUAUGAUCCAACAGAAGAAGCUUAAGAAUAUGAUCCAACAGAAGAAGCUUAAGAAUAUGAUCCAACAGAAGAAGCUUAAGAAUAUGAUCCAACAGAAGAAGCUUAAGAAUAUGAUCCAACAGAAGAAGCUUAAGAAUAUGAUCCAACAGAGGAAGCUUAAGAAUAUGAUCCAACAGAAGAAGCUUAAGAAUAUGAUCCAACAGAAGAAGCUUAAGAAUAUGAUCCAACAGAAGAAGCUUAAGAAUAUGAUCCAACCUUAA